AUGCUGGGUACAGGCGCUGAUAGUUCGCUAGUGGCAAAGGAAGUGCAUAUUGCUUUCGGGAAUGAAGGCAGAAAGAUCGAAGUGCAGACUGUCGACAAAUUACAGCUAACCGGCAUCGUGGUAAACCGUUUGGCGUGCAAUACGGCAAUGGACUUGAUGCUGGAAGCCCGAUCAUGUCAAUUCUCGGGUAUUCAUCCGACGAGUCACUGCGUGUGCAGAAGCUGCAAGUAG